CUUGGUUUAAUCAGUUGACAUCCGGACUGCAUGCGCGUACUCAUAUCCGUCUGUUUAACGGAGACUCACUUAUCUUCCUCGAGAUCAGCAACAUUUCAGCACAUCUUUGACUUAUAACAGCAGGACUGCAGUAAGCCAUGGCUGUUACCGGCUGCUCUCAGUGCAUUAAAUACGUGCUCUUCUUCUUAAACUUCAUUUUUUGGUUGGCUGGUGGUGUGAUUCUGGGUGUAGCUCUAUGGCUUCGCCAUGACAGUCAAACCAGCAACCUCCUAAUGCUUCAGUUUGAGGGGAAUCAAGCCCCAGGCACCUUUUAUAUCAGUGUGUAUGUUCUUAUAGCGACUGGGGCUAUAAUGAUGUUUGUGGGGUUUCUCGGUUGUUAUGGUGCCAUUCAAGAAUCUCAGUGCCUCUUAGGAACGUUCUUCACAUGUUUGGCGAUCCUCUUUGCCUGUGAGGUGGCGGCAGGAAUAUGGUGCUUUAUUAACAGGGACACGAUCUCCACUGAGCUUAUUAACUUUUAUGAUACUGCAUACAUUAAAGCUGUGGAUCCGGUGGGCACACCAUCCAAACAGGCAGCCAUCAAGGUUUUGGAGGUCUUCCAUGACACACUUGAGUGCUGUGGUAAAGGGGAUGAUAAUGAACUUUUCAAAGCUGUUCAGGCCUCUGUGUGUCCCAAGAUGACAAACCCAAUUGACCCACUCAUCUCUCAGAGUUGCCACAUAAAGCUAAAGGACCUGUUCACUGAGAAACUCCAUGUGAUUGGCUUGGCUGCCCUAGUGAUCGCUGUCAUCAUGAUUUUUGAGAUGAUCUUCACCAUGGUCCUCUGCUGUGCAAUCCGCAAUAGUCCUGCAUACUGAGUGACUGUAUGAUGAACAAACCUUUGAUUUUUACCAGUAAUGGACAGAAGACCAUUUCACUUCUGUGUUCCCUCUCUUUUUCAGUUCCGGUGCCCAAGCACUGAGCAUUGAUCUCUGCAUUUUUAGAGAGGACUUCUUAUGUGAAUGCACCAGAAUACACAUCAAGGGCUAUCAUAGAUAAAUAUUUCAGCAAGAUACAGUAACAGUCUUUUACAAUGAGGAGGUGUCUAGUCUACAUAUUUAACAAUAAUGUGAUUUACUUGUAAAGGCUUUUAUUUUGUAUUGUUUUACUAUUUAAGUUUAAUUAUUAUUAUUAUUUCAAUGUAAAAACAAACACUUUCAUGUGCUCUUAUUGUCUAUUUAAUAUGUCUCUUAAUAUUGCAAUAACUUUAGAACACUAAAACAACUGUACCACAAAAUGAACCACAUAAUGUUGCGAGUCUGCAUGCAUUUGCGCAUGCAGAUUUUAAAAAGGUAAAUAUUUUAUGAAUCUGUUAUGCA